AUGCAGCGUGUCGCAACGAACUCGAUAUGCUCGUUCUGCAUGUUCACAUCUCGGCCAACGAUUACUGUUAAAACAUCAUUACAAUCAUGUCUAGGCCAGCGCUUGGCCUCACAACACUUCAAGCCUCGCCCCUCACGCAUGGUUCUAUCGGAUCGAGUCAACCAAGCCCCUCCAUCUCGCGAUGACCGACAAAGACGCCGCGAGGCCCCAGGUCCAUUUGGCGGAAUGAAUAGAAGAGUCGCCAAUGUUGACCCUUCUCGAAGAGCUGGUCGACAACGCCCGCUAACAGGAAAGGAUUCAAAAGGAACCAAUACAAGAGAGAGGGAUAACCGAAGAGGGGGAACACGAGAUGGAGAUGACCGAAAGGCGCUCAAAAUGCAGCGUGCGCUAGCUACUGUUUCAUAUGGAAAGCGAAUGAUGACGAAGGAUUCCAUGACCGAGUACGAAUCAUUCGAUAAUUUCGACCUUAUCCCAACUCUGCAAGUCGCCGUCAACGAAGAGCUCUUCAAGGGCAUGACCGAUAUCAAGCCGACACCUGUACAAAAACUUGCAAUCCCUGCUCUUUUGAACCAAAAGACUCCGGAUGAUCUCAAAAAACCAACAGACGAGAUGAGGUCAUUCCUUCUGGCCGCCGAGACAGGAUCUGGAAAGACAUUAGCGUACCUUCUACCAGCAGUCGAUGCUUUAAAAACGGCUGAGGCCGGGGAUCCUGAGCUGAAGGCCUACCGUGAGCGAUGGGAGAUCGAGAAGGAGCGACAAUUGGCUGGCAACUCCAAAGGCAAGCCGUUCGAUGAGCCACACCCUACAAUGGCCCGCCCCAAGGUGGUUAUCCUUGUGCCAACGGCAGAGCUUGCGCAUCAAGUCACAAAGACAUCGAAAUCGUUGUCUCACGUCGCCAAGUUCAAGACAGAACUCCUUUCUUCAGACCUUAAGCCACAGCAGAUUCAACGCAACUUAUAUGGGCCUAGGGGAGUCGACAUUAUUGUUUCGACACCUCAUCUCCUUGCAUCCAUCGCCGACUCGGAUCCCAAUAUUCUUUCUCGCGUGACCCAUUUGGUUGUCGACGAGGCCGAUUCUUUGUUCGAUCGAAGUUUUGCUCCAGUGACAACUAGCAUCAUUGAGCGAGCUAUGCCAUCCAUGAAGCAGUUUGUAUGCUGCUCUGCCACCAUCCCCCGAAAGCUCAACAACUAUCUGGCCACCAACUAUCCCAAGAUGACUCGAAUUACCACCCCCAACUUGCACGCUAUCCCUCGUCGUGUUCAAUUGGGAGUCAUUGAUGUCUCAAGAGAACCUUACCGCAACAAUAAGGACCUUGCCUGUGCUGAAGCAAUUUACUCGAUUGGUCGUGAAGCUUCCAACCACGAGGGUCCUGUCAAGGGCGAGGUUGAUGUACGCCGUAUUAUGGUUUUCGUCAACGAGCGUGAGAAGACUGAAGAGCUGGCGUCGUACCUGAGAGAAAAGGGAAUCAAUGCUGAGGCGCUCCACAGAGAUACUCCUGAGAAGCGCCAUGGCGAGGUUUUGGAGACAUUCACAUCACCAGACCCUCUCAGAAUCCCAGCACCAACACUCAAUGCUAAGAAGCGAUCUCUACCCAACGUGAGAGUCCUGGUCGUUACAGAUCUGGCUUCCAGAGGUAUCGACACCCUUGCAGUCCGUCACGUCAUUCUCUACCACGUACCUCAUACAACCAUUGACUUCAUCCACCGACUGGGUCGUGCUGGACGAAUGGGUCGACGAGGCCGUGGCAUCGUGCUCGUUGGCAACGAUGACAGAAAGGAUGUUGUUGCAGAGGUCAAGAACAGUAUGUUCAAGGGACAAGCUCUGAUUUAA